GCCCGGCGAAUAUGAUAAAAGAAUAGCACGGUUACCGAAACAUGGUGUGCACAGAAGAGUUCAAAGAUCCGUAAAAGAGAAGCAUUGUAAACUAAAUAGAGCAGCGGCGUUAAACGCUGAUAACCUUACGAAAACAAAUACGAUUUUCUUUAUCGCGCUUUUAUAAACUUAAUAACGUUCAUGCAACAAUUUACAAUAGUUGGAUUGCGUUCGGGAAGAAGUCGAAGAGCGCCCGGGAACCCGUCAUCGCUGGAUUAAUUACGCCGACCUGACCACGUACAAGCCGCAGCAUACCGGGCGCGUUGGGUAAUUGUUUCUUUGCCGGAAUUUCGUGUUUCUGUAAUUCGAUCGGUGCCUGCGAAAUACAAGUAGAAAGCCGACUUGCUGCUACAACUCGAGCCAGCCAAAGAAACCCGAACUCAAAUUUGAAUUCGCCGCUUCCGAAGACAUCCAGUCGACGAGCAGCUCGCACUCAUGACCAGUCAGAAACACCCGAACGAAAAACGCCAUGGAAAGAGCCACCGCGACGGCGACGCCGCCGUCCCGCCUCCCCCGGACGGCGGCUACGGUUGGGUGGUCGUAUUCGCCUCCUUCAUCUGUAACAUGAUGAUAGACGGCAUCUCCUACUGCGCCGGCAUAUUCCUCGAAUCCCUCAAAGACUACUACCACGAGGAAGAGGCCAAAGUCUCCUGGGUGGGCUCCAUCCUGACCGGCGUCACCAUGUGCCUGGGCCCCGUCGUCAGCGUGGUCGCCAACAAGUUCGGCUGCCGGGCGUCCUGCAUGGCCGGCGCCCUCGUCGCCGGCGCCUCCUUCGCCGUGUGCAUCUUCAGCCCCACCGUGGAGGUGCUGAUGCUGACGUACGGGGUGGGCGGCGGGAUCGGCUUCGGGCUGAUGUACGUGCCGGCGGUGGUGUGCGUGGGGUACUACUUCGAGUCGAAGAGGUCCCUGGCCACGGGCAUUGCGGUCUGCGGGUCCGGCGUCGGGACGAUCGUGAUAGCGCCGCUGGCCAAGUACCUGCUGGAGCUGUACGGCUGGAAGGGGGCCAAUUUGGCGCUGGCUGCGAUGUGCUUCGGGUGCGUGGUGAUGGGAUUUGCUAUGAAGCCGAUAGAGUACAAGCAGAGGGAAGAGAAAACGGUGACGAUGAUUUAUCAAAAUGGAAACGGGUUGAUGCAGAAUGACGAGAAGAAGAGUUACACGAGUUUGGGCGACAUAUCGGCUUCCCGACACUCCAUAGCAAGCAACAAAAGCAAAAAAAGUAAUGUUUUGCCUCCUUUAUCCCGACAAGAUGUCCUCUACUCUGGAUCGAUUAGAAACCUCAAAGAGUUCCAGUCUCAGAAAUCCCUGCAGGAUUUCAGGCAGAGUAUGCUGAGCAUACCGAAAGCUAAAAGAGAUUACGCGGGAGGAUGCAGCAGAAUGUUGAAAGAACUAGUGGAUGUUGAAUUAAUGAAAGAUCCCGUUUUCAUCACGAUAGCACUUUCGAAUUUCCUGGGCUUCGUAGGGCUAUACGUGCCUUUUGUUUAUAUCGGAGGAGCUGCUAAAGAAGACGGAGUCGACGAGCUGAAGAGGCCCUUAUUGAUUUCCAUCAUCGGCAUAUCGAACACCGUGGGACGUAUCGUUUGCGGAUUCAUAGGCGACAUGCCUAAAGUCAACACUCUACUAGUCAAUAAUAUUUGUUUGCUGGUUUUGGGAAUUUCGAUGGGAGCCAUGGCUUUUUGUCACGCCUUCUACUCCUAUGCGAUCGCCGCUUUUAUAUAUGGAACUGCUAUGUCUGGAUUUAUAUCGCUGACGUCCAUCCUGCUGGUGGAGUUCCUGGGGCUGGAGAAGCUGACCAACGCCUUCGGCAACCUGAUCCUGUUCAGGGGGACCGGGUCGCUGUUGGGGCCCCCGCUGGCCGGGUUCAUAAUCAAAUCUUCGGGGUACAUGCAGUGCUUUUUGGCCGGCUGCGCCUUUUUCGCGGUAUCGGCCGGGAUAUCGUUCGCGAUUCCCUUCGUUCAGCGCACGAAGCUGAAGAAGCUGGAAGUUGAAGUCGAUGACUCGUUGACGCCGGUGAAUUUGAGCAAAUGCAUCGAAUCGUCGGCUGUUUGAGAUGAGAUUUUUUGUGUGGUAAUGUGAUGGAAAUUUUAACGGAUUCGCAAUUAAGUUACCGAUUUAUUGAAGCGCUAAAAUUACACUUUAAUUUCGAUGGGAUGUUUAAUAAAUUAUGGUGGAUGAUAACAUUAUUCAAGGUACAUUCGAGAUUGUUUUUAUGAAAAUUAGCUCGUUUUAAUUGUUAAUAUAUAUUUAAUGUUAAUAUAAGAGUGCCAAAAAGAACCCUUAUACAAUAUAAAAACGGUUUUUACUUACAAUAAAUAUUUGAAAUACUAUCUAUGUAUAUAUUUUAUAAAUAGAUCUAGUCGCUUCAGAUAUUUUUAUAAAUAAUCUUUAGGUAUUUUAUAUGUAAAUAUAACAUAAUUUAUUUAUGGAAUAAUUAUAUUGUUUAUUUAUCUUUUUAUAUUGUUACGUUAAAUUUAUGCAGGUUGUAACUGAGUAGAUUCUAUAUUUUUUUAGUAAUCCACAAAAGUUCAAUUAUGCAUGUUACAGCCCGUACUACAUCUAAUGCUCCGUUGAUAAAAUAUAUUCUUUAACGAAAAUAAAGAAGUGUACCAAUUUGAAAAACGUUUAUUUUU